AUGAAGAGCGCAUUUCAGACGUUUCGCGUAUCCAAGCCUCCCCAACGAAACGGCCGCCGGGCACAAUCACAAUCCACCACAACUCCUGAGCAACUAGACUCCGAGUCAACGACCCCAGAGGACUCCGAGACAUUUGUACGCUACCCUACGCAAUCCGCUUGUGAGCGGUGUCGGCGAUUGAAGAAGAGGUGCACCCGGACGGCAGAAGGGGCAUGUAGCCUAUGUGUUGCUGCUUGGGUACCAUGCUCGUUUCCCAAGUCUGUCCAGCAGGUUCACGAGCGCGAGAAGGCGCUUCAGGAACGCAUUUCAUGGCUCUCUCGCUUUGUCAAUGAGGUCCGACAGUCCAGUGCGGUGCCCGUUGAGUUGAUUGAAACCGGCCACGAGCUCACAACAACUCUAAGUGUUAUUCAGUCUCCUGUCACUACCGAACAGGUACCGGCUGUUAGAGAUCAUCCUUGGUCUGAGAACACUCAUGGACAAGGAUCCUCGAUCAAUGUUGGAGAAACGGAGAGAAACACCACACCGCCAUGUCUUCUCGACAAAGCCACAGCUUCGCGUCUAGUAGACGCAUACUUUCGUCACGUUCAUCGUGCCUACCCAUUCCUAGAUCGAGAGCAAGCGAUACAGUCCCUGGACUCUUGCUUCCUAUCGGCCACCGGUGACACCGUUCUCCUGGAAAUAGCACGUCUACCCACUCGCCUAGCUGUUGUUAUGGCUAUUGGACGCACGACACUGCAGCGAGUGAACGAAAUUGGUAAUGCCUCAGUCCCCUUUUUCGACAUUCCCGAGAAGGAAAUUAUCCACGAAUGUUUGUGUAAGAGCGAUCUCGCAUCUGUAGAGAUCCUGACUUUACUCGCCUUGUACUCCCUUUUCGAGGCCAACCGUAUACCACCAGGUUCCAUUACAGGAAUCCUUACUCGCAAAGUCAUAUCCAUGGGCCUUAUUCGAGACAGCGGCUCUUCCUAUGAGAUGUCACAAGUCGAAUUGGAGCGUCGCCGGCGACUCUUUUGGUCUGUGUAUAUCUUAGAUCGUAUGAUCAGUGUUUCGUAUGGUCUUCCGCCCAGCAUCAACGAUGAAGAUAUUGCCGUUCCGCUGCCAAGUAUCACUGUCGAGGAAUAUGCGUCUCCAGAUCGGUAUUUCUAUGCCAUGACGCUACAGGUCAAUCGGCAUGUUGUAUCUUUACGACGCCUUGAGGGGGAAAUUCUGCAGAGUAUCCACCUAUCAUCCUCACAGCGACUGGCUGCGAUUGACCCUUCCAUGUCAACAUCCUAUUAUGAGGACACUCGCCGGAAGAUAGACGACUGGUACACACAAGGAUGCCUCAUGUCGAGUUCCGCCAUGAAUGAUAAUGACCAUCUCCCUUUUCGUAACACUAUUACCUGGCACAAUGUACGGUAUCAGAAUCUCUACGUGCUGCUAUAUAGCCCCUCAAGGUUCAGCGUUGCACGUUCGGUGGAGGAAAUUGAAGAGCUGCAAUCGGCUGCAUCAAAGUAUGUGCAGUCCAGUCUCAUCUUGCAGCAGCAAAACCACCUUCCAUUUAACUGGAUCACUUUAUGUCGAUUCUUGAUGAUGGGUGCCACCUUUUUCUACUGCUACGUAUGGCGGCUCAACCAUGUCACAUCUACAGAGAGCGUACACAUUCAGAGUAAACAUAACACGCAAGCGUCUAUCUUGUCAUCUGCAUCACCCCGAUCCACGUCAGGAGGUAAAUCAAGCCUGUAUGAAAUCGCAAACGAUAUGGCCCUAUGUGCCACGAUCAUGGAAUCUUUCUCGGAAGACUGGCGAGCUGCCAAGCGGGCGGCAGCUGUCUUUCGACGAUUCGUCGAUUAUGUAGCUGCACAACAAUCUACACCUUUUGUGGAAAGCGGUACCCGUGCUGACCAAGGCCUUGAAUCUUUGAGCCGGCAUUAUGAUCCCGUUCUCGAUGCCGUGAUGGCAGCCUCGGUCCUGGAUGUUUCCCUGGAUGACGAGCAGUUGAUUUCGCUGCAGACAAUCCGUAAACAAAUUGAGGAGUUGAUCAAGGAUACCCUUGGAGAGACCACCAUAUAUGCCUAUGCAGUAAGAGAAUUUGAGUCGACGGCCGGACUGGUGAAGAAUGGCGUCGGGCCCAGGAUGUUUCCCUCCGAGACCUAUAGCAGGGCGUCCAUUGAGUUCCCAAAUCCAAACGUCGCAGCAGAUAGGUCCAGCUUGUGGCUGGACAUUAUGGACGAUCUAGGUCUCGGUGUUCUUUAA